AUGGUUACCAUGGGAUCCGGUUCGGAGCGGCUUGUGCUGCCCAUGGGCGAUGACAUGCAUACACAUUUACGACAAGGGGAACUCAUGGAUAAUGUUGUUCCUCAUCUUCGCAAAGGAGGAUGUAACCGCGUCCUAGUGAUGCCCAACACAGUUCCGCCGAUUGUGACGUGCUCACAGGCACUCGAGUACAGAAACGAGUUACUGAGAAGGGACCCCAACGUGGAUUACCUCAUGACGCUUUACCUGUGCCGUGAAGUCGAUCCUGAAGAUCUUUUUAACCAUGCAAAGGCAUCGCAUGUCGUUGGAGUCAAGUUGUACCCUCGUGGUGUCACCACAAAUUCAGAGGCCGGCGUGGAGGACCUGGAGGGGUUUGAUGGUGUAUUUGAAGUGCUCCAGCGGUGCGGAUUAACUCUGCAUAUUCACGCGGAGUCUCCGAACGCUCCGGCGCUCAAAGCGGAGGAAGGGUUUCUACCGGUCUUUGAGCAAAUACACCGUCGCUUUCCCGAUAUGAAGAUUGUGUUUGAGCACAUCUCUACGGCUGCUGCGGUCGAAGCUGUGCGAGGAAAACGGAACGUAGCGGCCACAAUCACUGCACACCACCUACGGCUGACAACGUCAGACGUGUUUGACCCAGAGCACCUUCACAACGACUCUUCUACCAGCGUCGAGGAACGCCGCGUGUUAAAUCCGCACAACUUCUGCAAGCCGAUCGCCAAGUGUGAAGCAGACCGCCAGGCGCUUUUAGGCGUAAGUGACCUCAGCCUGCCCAUAUCGCACCCCGUAGCUGACAAAUCAGCGAAUACACGGCUGAGUCGUUCUUGGGUAAUUCUUGAGGGAAAUCCCCAGUUCUUCCUCGGCUCGGAUUCAGCUCCUCAUCCCGUGUCCGCGAAGUGUAGCAGUGUAGAACAACGUCAAACCAGGGAAUGUAAAUACCUCGCCGACACUUUCGCCCGCGCGGGUUGCCUAGACAAGCUGCGGGGCUUCGUUUCAGAAUUGGUAGAGGGGGAGGAAUGCGUCGUGUUGGAGCGGGCGCCCUUCAAGGUCCCCAAAGUCGUUUGUGGCGUAGAAGGUUCUGGUAGCGAAGUUGUGCCUUUUCUAUCGGGUUGCGAGCUCCUAUUCACCGCCAAAGUUGUUCCAUAUUCCCCAGCUCUAGAUAUCUAG